AUGUCUCCAAAUGGCCUCCUACUGCCAGAUACAGCACUCGACGCGAAUUCUCUGGUGUGUAAAUGGUCCACACUAUCCUAUCAUUAUCUAACGUGUUAUUUUCACAAGCCGGAUCUUUGUCGCAAGACAAUCACAGAGUUCUUGCACCGAACAGGCAUCCCGCUGCCUGGAUUUGACUCAUCGGCUUUCGGCGACGAGAUCGACAGGCUCGCACACGCCGAAGUCCAGACAUGGAAUCUCGGCGGCGUGUCCCCCAACCGCUUCGAACACUGCCUCACCACUGGGAUUGAUAUCGCGAAGAUGGCGUACAGACACACUCCCGUCGAGACACAGGUCCAUAUUGCCUUGUGGACUGCGCUAUGCGUCUGCAUCGACGAUCUCGAUGCUGGCGUGGAAGUUCCCGAACGAUUCCACGUCGGACGCGAGCAGCUUCACCCGUUGCUUGACUUGCUCGCGGAUAAUAUUCGUCGGAUGCAUGAAUUCUUCCACCCCUAUGGCGCCACUAUCAUUGCCACCUGUACCGUGCAAUUUGUCGCCUGUGCAUUGGUCGACAGGGAGACAAAGGCCAUGAAUUUACAUCCUUCAGCCCGUGGGUAUCCGCUGUACAAGCGCGCUCGCAACGGGCUCGGCGAGGGAUACUCCUACUGCAUCUGGGAUAAGACACACUUCCCCGACGUGUCUAGUUAUAUUCAAUCGAUGCCUGAUCUGUGCUCCUUCUACAAGGAAGAACUUGUCGACGAGAAGAAUAACUUCAUUCAUGAUCGUGCUUGCGUCACUAGCAAGGAUAUCGAGGCGACCCUGAUGGCUACACUCGGAGACGCCGUGGACGCCGUCAACAGGGGCCGAGAAAUCUUACAAGGCGAGGAGAGGCAAGCAUGGGAGAGCCACGUGGUGGGAUAUGUGGCAUUUCACUUCAUGACUCCUCGCUACAGACUGGAGGAACUGUUCAGCACAUCCGGCUAG